ACUGAGCUGCGACGCAUCUCGCGGGGGGAAAACACGCGUGUUUGACGGAUCAGAACCCAGCUCCGCCGAAGACCAGCACCCAGUCCUCUCCGACCCGGCGCGAUGGGAGACACCAGCCGGCUGUGCUCCGUGUGGCUCGGAUCCGAGACCGGCAUCCUGAAGGGGGUCAGCGUGUCCCGGAAGCAGGCCUUCAACUUCUGCAACACGAGCCACCUGAGCCGCGCGCAGGAGGUCCGCGCGCUGUGCUGGGGGGACCCGGAUGAGAGCGAGCUGCUGCUGGGCUCCGUGGACGGAACCGUGAAGACCUUCAGCAUCCAGAAGGGGGUCUUCACCGAGACCCGGCGCUGCGGGGAGCCCGGGGAGGGCUGCUUCACCGGGCUGGAGAAGCUGAGCGGGUCUGGGCUGCUUACCUGCGUCGAGACCGGGGCCCUGCGGGUCUGGCGCGAGGACAGCACCGAGCCCGCCACCGAGAUGAAGGCCGGUGAUCAUGUGAGUCGGAUGCGGCUGAGCCCGGUGAACCGGAACCACGUGGCCACCGGAGGGAAGGAGAACGGGCUGAAGAUCUGGGACCUGCAGAAACCCGACAAGCCCGCGUUCACCGCCAAGAACCUGCGGGACGACUGGCUGGACCUCCGGAGGCCGCAGUGGGUCCGCGACAUGGCCUUCAUCCCGGACUCCGACAAGGUGGUGACGUGCACCGCGUACCACCAGGUCCACGUGUUCGAUCCCUGCUCCCCUCGGCGGCGUCCCGUCCUGGAGUUUGAGUACGGCGAGUACCCGCUCACCGCCAUGUCGCUGCCCGCCGCGGGCCACGCCGUGGUGGUGGGCAACACGCACGGCCACGUGGCCCUGCUGGACCUGAGGAAGGGGGUGGUGCGCGGCUGCCUGAAGGGCCUGACGGGGGGGGUGCGGGCGCUGCAGUGUCACCCCACGCGGCCCGUGGUGGCGUCCUGCGGCCUCGACCGCUUCCUCCGCAUCCACGGCCUGGAGGACCGCAAGCUGCAGCACAAGGUCUACCUCAAGUCCAGGCUCAACUGCAUCCUGCUCGCCAGCAGCCAGCUGGUGGACGGGGGGGGGGCGGCGGGGGAGGGCGGGGCUGAGGGGGUGAAGGAGGAAGAGGGGGAGGAGGAUGACGAGGUGUGGGAGACCAUGGAGCGCGUGGAGGAGAAGACGAAGAGGAAAACCACAGAGGAAGAGGAGCUGCAGAAAAAGAAAAAGAAAGGACAGGACUGAGAGGCGUUUGAGGCCUGAUCGCAGCGUGGGACACUUCCAUUGUCAGACUGAAAGACAAUGAAAGACGAGUUAUGUCUUCCCUGGACAAUAAGUGUGUUUAUUCAUCGGAGACUAAUUUGUCUCUACAAAUGUAUUUUGUAAUAUU